AUGCGUGGAGCGCGUUCUCUUCAACUCGCGUUCUUGGCCUUGGCUCACGCUCAGCUCAUUUGGGGCUAUGCAGUGUCAGCCAAGCGUACGGAAGAAGUUCAAGUUCCGGUAAAUGCGCAACUUACAUUGGGAGCCAAGUCGAUGCUCAAGAUGUAUUCCUCGCUCACCGCAGCACAUAGGCGUCCCAUAUGCACAGCCCCCGUCGGAGGACUUCGGUUUCGUAAGCCAGUCGCAUUCACCCCCAAUGGAACAAUUGUUGCGCAAACUUAUGGCCCGAGGUGCCUCCAAUCGGCAAUUGUUAACGAUGCGUCAGAGGAUUGCCUAACUCUGAAUAUUUGGCGACCACACGGGAUAACAGGGCCACUACCUGUCAUGGUUUGGAUAUACGGAGGCAGUUUCAUAUUGGGUGAAUCCAGCUCGUACCCCGGGUAUGGUAUCGUAGGGAAAAGUGUUGAAAUGGGUCAACCUGUCAUCUACGUUAGUAUGAAUUAUCGGCUCGGUUUCUUUGGAUUCCCUGUCGGCAAGCAAACCAUGAACAAGGGUGCCGCUAACCUUGGGCUUUAUGACCAACGAAUGGCAAUUGAAUGGGUCCAAAAGAAUAUCCAGUACUUUGGCGGUGAUCCCACAAAAGUCACCCUAUUCGGUGAAUCAGCGGGUGGAAUAAGCGUCAGCUAUCAAAUGAUGUACAGAGGCGGACAGAUCAAUAAUGCAUUCAGAGCGGCAAUUAUGCAAAGUGGAGCACCGUCGAGCUUCAAGUCAUCUCCACAAGACAACAGUGCUCGACAGCAAGCAUACGAUGAAAUAGCCUCUCAAACUGGUUGUUCCCAAGCCCGUGACUCUUUCGAGUGCCUGCGGACGAUAGACGUUAACAGACUUCAGGAAGCACACGUCGCGACAUACAAAUUGCCGCCGGAUGCUCUGGCAUUUGCGAACUUCCCGACCGCAUACGGGCCCGUAACUAUUUCCGGAGAUGACUUUCUCCCCUCUUCUACUACGUCAAUAAUUAGAUCCGGAAAAUAUGCCAAUAUCCCUAUGAUUUCUGGCUCGAACCUGGAUGAAGGGACUUGGUUCGUUGCUGCCACAAGCUUCUUUCUCGACUUGCUUGGGUUCUUCAACUCAAAAAGACCCGGGCUUUCUAUCGGCCUCUCUCCGUUUAUCUCUUCUCCUAUGUGCGCAUUGUAUCCGAAUGUACCUGCUGCAGGGUCUCCUUACAACACAGGGAGCGAGACCUUUGGACGGAGCUACAACUAUAAAUGGGCGGCGGCUGUGGUUGGGGACUACCUAUUUACGGCCCCAAGAAGGCAGUUCAUUAGGGCGGCGACCUCGAGGGGGCAGAAGGUUUGGUCAUACAUGUUUUCUCAACCUACAGCAGGUAGCCCGCCAGAAUAUGGCAUAUCUCAUGCAUCGGAAAUUUCAUACAUCUUUGGGAGCAAGGAUGUAUCGGACAAGAUGAUGCGAUACUGGAUCAACUUUGCGACAGCUCUGAGCCCUCAACCAGAUGGGUCCAAUCUACCUGGUGUGGAUAUGAUUCGUCGCUAA